AAUGAGUUCCCGUGACCUUCCAGGAUUGCUUGAAUCUUGUACUCAAACGCUGGUUACUUCAAUCAGAAAUUAUACUGAAGAUCAACUUGGUGUUCUUUUAAAUGAUGAAAGUAAACUAAAUUCGUUUAUCGACAAUCUUUCACAGAUCAAUUCAAUUUCAAAUGACAAAGAAAUGAAAUUUGUUCAAUCAAAAUCUUUAGCAGAAUAUAAUUUGUCGAUGGAACAAAAAUUAAAAACUGCUCUACUAAAUUUACAAAAAACUCAUUCUGAUGCUGUUGAGAAGAAGAAAAGUGUGGAAGAAAUGAAGGAGAAACUUGACAAGAUAAGCAAUUCUCGUUCACUUGAUUCUGUUUGUUCUACUUUGAAGGCUCUUGCACACGAAGCAGAAAAGGAGAGCGAGAAGAUAUCAGAAGACUUUCACAAGGGAGAUUUGGACAUUGAUGUGUUUGUUAAGCAAUUUUGUGAGAAGCGUGCUACUGUUCAUUUAAGGAAAAUUAAAGAAGAAAAGCUUUGUGAAUUACUUCGACAACAACAAUAUAACCAUUCGGUAGCUACACCAAAUGUUUAUCCAAUUGGAAAUAAUACGUCUACGGGUUCUACUCAAUAUCCACAUUAUGCUUUAUUAAAUGAUUCGAAGAAUUAUCGGCAUUCAUUUUAUAGUUAA